AAUAAUCUACACGAUAAAUGUAAUUGAAUAGAAAAAGACAUUUUCACAAAUUCAAGGGAUUAUAUUCACAUGUGGGUGCAUCAAGGAUAUAACAACAAAAAUGUAAUGGAAAAACGAACAAAUGGUGGUCCCAAACAGUCCCUUUCACUCCCAGGCCCGCCCUCUAGGCUCUAGAUAAUGCACCUUAUAUUAUUAAUUAUUGGAGUGGAAACCAAAAAAUCAGAGGGCGAACACGAUGGCCUCCGCAACCAAACACCCCGCUAUCCUCAUCGUCUUCCUCAUCCACUGUCUCUGCCUCUCACGCUCAUCAUCCAAAUCCACAGACCUAACCCCAACUCCGGCUCCAUGGCCCCCCCAAUUCUACUCUCUCCUCUACAUGAACGUCAAUGGAUCCAACCAAAUCAUCGAUCUCUGGUACGAUUGGCCAAAGGGUCGAAACCUAAACAUCAUACAGAACCAGCUGGGUAAGCGUCUCUACGACCUGGAAUGGGACAAUGGCACUUCUUUCUUCUACACAUUGGACUCCACCCAGGAGUGUCGCACUAAACAUUUUGAGGUGGGGAUUCUUCGCCCUGACUGGCUGGACGGAGCUCACUAUCUGGGUCAGCGCGAGGUCGAUGGGUUCCUCUGCAACGUGUGGGAGAAGGUGGACUUCAUUUGGUACUAUGAAGAUGUCGUCACCAAAAGGCCCGUCCACUGGCGCUUUUUCAACGGAAUGUCUGCUCAUGUGAUGACGUUUAAAGAGGGGGCGGUGCGGGAGGAUGAGAAAUGGCAAGCCCCUGUCUACUGCUUCGGUACAACUGAUCCAAAGGCGGAAACUACCAGUGCCGGCAAUCCUCGGGAGAGGAUGGUGGACGGAGUUCUGAGAGGUUCAAUGAGCCUCUCAAUGUAAUCACCUUCUUCUACAUCUACACACUCUGGAAAUAAAAUCUGAUCUUUUUCUGUUUGAUUGGUUAUCCUUUGUUACUCUGGAAUAAAGAAUGUAAGCUAGGAAUCAAUUUCAUUUCUUCCAUUGGUUGGCAUACUUGGAUUGCUUGUGAGAAUGAGAAUAAAAGUUUCAUUUUUAUAAUAACAAAAUCUAAAUUUUAUUAGAA